AAACUGUGUUCACAGUAUAGUCAAGUCUUUAUUUAAGUCCAAACUUUACAUAAAGUUGUCACUUAAAAAAAAGUGACCGUUUCUUACAGGCGUCUAUAUUAGAAGAGUUACGGUAUGUACUGUGAAAAUAGUCGAGCAAAGCUGAAACAUUCGGUAAAUACAGGAUAUUUCCAGAGAUUAACUUAUUCACAGGUACGUUUUUAUCAGUAUAACAUCGAUCUGACUUUAACUGAUUUGUUUUUAAAUGUGAACUACUUUAAUUUUGACAUAUAGAGGUUUUAAAAGUAAGUUUCGUUCCCAUGAAAUGUCCACGCAACAGUUGCCACAACAAAAGCCUGUUUUGUUUUUUUUCCUCUAACUUCCUGUGAUCCAGCGGCUGAAAAGUGAAAGUAAACGAACAGAGGAGAAGAUUCCACCUCCACGGGUUUGUUGUGUUGAGCUGUGCGAACAGAGGAAGAAAAGAAAGAAUGACAACAGACUGACGAGUUUCUCUUCCACGGAAAUGAAAGUUUGGUGACACUGAAGUCUUUAGGUUUAGGUUCAGGUUUUGAAUAGUCGAGCUGUGAGUCACCUGAACGGACGCCCUCCUGGAUGAGGAUAAGAGCAACAGCUGAUCUGAGGGAGCUGACUCCACUUGAGGUCUUUCACAGCUGAUUAAACGAGUAUCUGUCCACGGUGAGUUCACAUCAGGACUUUAUUAGGAGCAGAAUUUCACUUUAUUAAGGUUACUUUAAAAUACCGGCAUAGACUGUUCAAACUGCUCUGUUUUUGUUCAUAUUUUUAUAUUUUACAUCUUUUUCUCCUGCAGAUGUCUGACUUCAAAACCAUCGUUUUCUUUGACCUGGAGACCACUGGAUUAGGUAACUUUACCGUAUUUUCUUCUGCCAACUUGAACUUUAAUAGUUACAGAGUCAUUUAUAAAGUCAGUCAGAAAUGUUUUGGGUUUUUUUUUUAAGUCAAAGUCAACUUUAUUGUCAAAUAUGCUUUACAUGUUACACAUACAGCACAGAUGAAAUGUCAGUCCUCUCAGACCCACGGUGCAUAAGAAUAAACUAUCAGAGUAAAGCUGUUAAAGUAGAAAUAUAGAAUAAACAAUUAUAAACAACUACGCUGAGCUAUUUUUCAACUAAUCUGAUUUAAUCCCUGUUUAAAAGUUUAAUUAUCAACAAUAUAUGUCUAUUUCAUAUUUUCUAAUUUGUUAAAAACUCAAUGUAUUCAUUACAAUAUAUUAGUGUAAACGGCUUUAUAGGUUCUAUACAGAGAGUCAAAACAGCAGCAGAUAAAUACUUUGACAACUAUAACAAUAGAUCAAAUGGAAAUAACUAAAAUUACUGUCUUCAGAUUGUGACUUUUUCUUUGAGUCUAACCUUUGAAAAAAAAGAAAAAAGUUCUUAAUUUUUUUUUCAAGCAGGGGCGUGCUUAGACUUUUUUGACCAGGGUGCCCCGCCCGUGGAACUGAUAAAAGCUGGGGUGGCCGAUGAGUAUUAGGCUUUUACUACACCAGGUUUUUAAAUUAUGAUUAUUUUGGCCAAAAAAGUCAGUUAAUGAUGUUAUUGUGAUAUUUAUAAUAUAAUAAUAUUGUGAUAUUUGUGGAAACACUAAAAGAAAAAAAAAAAACAGUCAAAUGAAGGAAUGAAGGGAUAAGAGUAGUGCCAUAUGUUACUAAUAACUUAACUAAUAUACAGAUUAUAAUAUUUUGAUUUUUUUAUUAAGCCUCUUGUAUUAUUUCUUUCAUUUUUGAUCCUGGACUUUAAAAUAUUUUAUAUAGUAAUGCUAAUGUUUACUUCGAUUUAUAAUCUCUGUCUUCCAAUCAGAUCUGAGGACUGUGGCGUGCAGGUUUUAGAUGUGAUGGUGCGGAACUGACUGUGUUUCAGUUUCUGCUUUCUAAUCUCACAUUAGCAUAUGACUCACGUCUGUCUCAGUCCCAGUUCUUAAGAAAUAAAAGCUUAUGGUUUGGAUAGGAAGGAGGCGGAGCCAGUGCAGUUACACAACAGAGGAGAUGCUGUGACCACAAACCACUCAGCGUCUGACAGGAAGUGUCUGUAACAUGAGAGGAAACGUCAAAGUUUCGCUUGAUAGACCAUAUUGUAAGAAUCACACAGUUUAGAGAGAUAUAUCCUUAAAUGUCCUUAAAUUGAAAGUACAGGUCUCUGAAAGCUGGACAUAAGUUUUUAGGGGUUUUCAGAAAUGACAAAGCUUGUGUUGCAUUUAAGUACUUUAGUAAAAACCAGCCUUUUCUAUUAAGGUCUCCUCUGUAAAAGAGAUUUUAAACCUCAGAUUAAAUAUAGGUCAAAUAAAAUGAAAUAAAAACUUUCAAAAGCAAGUUAGAACUGAUUUAAAAGAGAAGUUCCUCAGGUUUUGGUUUGGAGUUUUAAUCUGUGCCUACAGUGAAUUUAAUCCUUAUCCACUUGGCAAGAUAAACAACCAAAAAACAGCACCUGGGAUAAAUAAUGAGUCACAUCCACCACACCCUAAAGCUCCAGAUCGAGUCAGUUUGCAAUAACAUGUGUGACCAAGUAUGUUUUUACAUUCACAUGCAGAUUUAAAUCACUGAAAAGUUGUUGUGAAAUGUUUACGUCCCCUUUGAACAGAGCAGUACCACAUUUUAACAUCAUUUUAACUGAAAACAGUGAACUCUACUGAGCUUUAAAAACUUUUGUGGUUUAUUUUUAAGGAAUGAUGAAAGUUCUGGCCUUUUAACAACAAAAUAAACUGCAGUCGUUGAUUCAGAAUUGGCAAAGCUUGUUCGUCUUUGUUAGGAUCCAAUCCAAUCCGCUUUAUUUCUAUAGUACAUUUUAAAAAACAUUCAAGUUUAUCUUUGUAAUGUUUGUCUUUUAUCAAAAAUCACUCUGUUCUCCGACACGUAAACAAUCAGUCGGUUGGUCAUGUUGGAUAUACCGGUGAAUCUGACGGCGCAACAACACGAAAUCUGAUUGGUCAGAAGUGGACACACUGUAUGUGAAUCUUUAGAGAAAUCGACCGUGAUACGAAAAAAUAAAUGCCGCAAUAUCGCAGGACGGGAAAACGUUGCUGAUGUGAACGCUUGUAUUGACAGGAUACGGGUUCGAAAAAAAAUAUUGACGUCUGAAAUAAUCGCACGAAAAAAACGCUCCCAGUGUGUAAGGACCUUUAAUCUUAAGUGGCAAUUCGUUCCACAAUUUGGGAGCCACAGCCGAGAAAGCUCGCUCUCCAUGGGUUUUAAAACGAGUUUUUAAACACAAAGUCAGUUUUGUUUACUUGUGUUUUUAUUCUCUCUAAAUUCAUAUCUUUUCUUCUUUCAGACACCAAUGUGUGCGAUAUCAUCCAGCUGUCUGCGGUCUGCGGUGAGAAGGUCUUUAACGCCUACUCACUCCCCCGCCGCGAGCUCACUGAGAGCGCCAAAAAUGUCACAGGCUUCUCCGUCAGCGACGGCACCCUGUUUCUCAGAGGGAAACCUGUUGACACCAUCCCACUGGUCGAUGCCAUCACCUCCUUUAUCGACUUCCUCCGUUCCUUCAGCCGCCCUGUGCUGCUGGCGGCGCACAGCGUCAAGCGUUUCGACGCGCCUGUGCUCAUGAGGGUGCUGCGCCAGCUCUCCCUGAGGCAAGAGUUCCUGCAGGUGGUGUCGGGGUUCCUGGACACCUUCCUGCUGAGCAAGAAUGUCUUCUACGGUCUGGAGAGUUAUUCUCAGGUGUACCUGGUGAGGUACUUCCUCAAAAAGAUCUACGAGGCCCACAACGCCGUGGAGGAUGCUCGGAUGCUGCAGGAGCUGUUCAGCGCGUGGAGACCAAACAGACGGACCGUGCAGAGGUUCGUCUACAGCGCAGCUUUGUCCUUCUAACAGAGCUGAGCACCAACCGGACCACAAAAACAAAUUAAGUUCUCUGCUGUUUUUUUCACACUCAGGUAGUUUCUAUAAAUAAUGAAUGUUAUUUAAAAUACUUGACGUCUUGCACUGUUUCUUUUGUGAAGUGAUUGAUAUUCCAGUUUUUUGAUUACUUAUAAACUGCAACAUGUCUUGUCUUCUCCACUGUUGUACUCUUUUCAAACAUAAACUAUAAAAAUUACUUUAACUUUUA